UCUUCCGUUUUACUCAGUAUCUUGUCUUAACUAACCACUGUUUGUCUUCAACAUUCAUACCCAAAAUUUUAUCACAGAGGAAGGAGUAGCCAAAAUUUUCGUAUAAACCGAAACAAUUCCCAUUGUUUUAGAUUUCCAUUUCGCUCCUCGGAUCUUCAUCUACAUUGAUCUCGCCAUAAAAUUAUCUCAUUUCAUCUGGUGCUUCAGAUUCCUUCUUCACGCCCUGAUAAUUUCAUCCUCGGUGCAUGGAAGCUCCAUUUUCUCGUCCCUAGGGCAUAGCACGGUAUAAUCAGGAUUCUAAAUCUAUGGCUUCGUGGCUCAAAGCCGCUGAAGAUUUAUUGGAAGUUGUAGAUCGAAGGGCAAAGUUGGUUGUUGGGGAAUUAUCAGAUGAGCAAUCUGAUUCUCAGUUGCCAGCCUCCAACGGUCGAGGAUCUCAAGCCAGGAGGACAAAGUCAGGGACAAAGGCCCAAAAGAGACUUUCUGCCCAUGAAUCUCCUGAAAAGAAUGAUUUUGCAAGGGAGCAAACUAGUAGCCAACCAGCCCAAUCAGAUGUAGCCCGUGAUAAAGAAAGAGCUGCUCCUUCAGUAGAAAAUAAGGGGGCCACUUCUACUGAUUUUGUGUCUGGAACAGGCAAUGGGCAGGAACAGAAAACUGAUAAAGAGGCUCAUAGCAUUUCAUCAUCAGAAAUGAAAGGAACUGACAGUGCUAAAUGUGAUGCUGAAAAUGCACAAGCUAUUGCAACUGUUACUGAUUCGGAUGUCACAAUGUCCCACUUGAAUGGUGACCUUCUCAAUGAGGACAGUCGAACUGUUCAUGUAGAAAAUCCUCCUUUAUCAUUACCAGAGAAAGAAAUUGAAGUUGUUGGUGAAGAGCAUCCUAUUGAUUCUAGUCCGAGUACCAAAUCAGGAGAUGCAGAUAUUUUGAAGAUUGACGAAGACAAAUCAAACUCCAUAAUGACUGAAUCUCCCAAUAAUGCUGAGGCUCAAGUGAGAGAUACAAAUGUUACCAUUGACUCUCAUAUCAAUCAAAAGAAGCAACAGGAGCACAAAGUUGAUUCUCCUGCCCCGAAAAUACAGGACCAACUUGAGGAGGCUCAACGGCUGCUGAAGACCACCGGUUCCAUUGGCCAAUCAAAAGAAGCAAGAUUAGCUCGGGUCUGUGCUGGACUUUCAUCCCGCCUUCAAGAAUACAAAUCUGAAAAUGCACAGUUGGAGGAGCUUCUCAUUGCUGAGAGAGAGCUGACCAAAUCAUAUGAGGCACAUAUUAAGCAGCUGCAGCAAGAUCUAUCUGCAUCCAAAAAUGAAAUAACGAAAGUUGAGUCAAAUAUGGUUGAGGCUUUGGCUGCAAAGAACUCAGAAAUUGAAUCGCUUGUCAGUUCAAUGGAAGCUCUCAAGAAACAAGCAGCUUUAUCUGAAGGAAAUCUCGCUUCAUUGCAGGCAAACAUGGAAUCCAUUAUGAGAAAUAGGGAACUGACAGAGACGAGGAUGAUGCAGGCUCUAAGAGAGGAGCUGGCAUCUGCAGAGCGGAGAGCAGAAGAAGAGCGUGCAGCACAUAAUGCUACAAAAAUGGGUGCCAUGGAGAGGGAAGUGGAAUUGGAGCAUAGAGCUGUUGAGGCAUCCACAGCCCUUGCAAGGAUCCAGGUAACAUGAGGAUUAGCUGUUUGU